AUGCGCUGGCCAGCGGUGCCCCGCGCCCGGCCGUGGCCAGCCCGCCCCCGCAAGCGCACGCGCUGCUUCGACAGCCGCGUCCCUGCGCGCCUGCUCGUGCCCGCCCUGGCGCCGUUGCUGCGCUGCUGCUUCUGCUACUGCUCCGGCCUUGCGCCGCCCACGUCCACACCCUCCCCCCCGCUGAGCCUCCCUGCUCGCACCCCCCUGGUCUGCGCCCGCUCACGCCUACGCUGCCUUGCCGCUGCCGCCCUGAGCCCGCGCCCAGCCUUGGCCGUUGCUGUCGUCGCGCGCUCGCUGCUCCUGGCCGCAGCCAUGGCCGCCCCGCCACCCGCCUUCGUCAGCCCGUCUCCGCUUGACCUCGCCGACGAUGACCCGCAUCCGGCCCGCGGCCACCCCUGCCGGUCACCGUGCCACCGCCCUGGCUGGCGCCCCGUCGCAGCCCCGGUGGCCUCACCCCACUACAGGCCCCCCUCACCGCGCCGUUCCGGCACGGCGCCGCUCCGGCGUCCUGCGAUGGUCGUUGCCCCGCUAUGGUCUAGGUGGGCGCUUGCACGGGCUGGUGCCCGCACCCGCUAG